AUGGGUCAGAUGAGCCUGGAGGACAUGCUGGCCAUCCUGAGGCCCUACUUGACAAAAGGCCUCUUGCCCCAGGAUGUGCCCACUGAGAUGAUGCCCAUCAUAGAUGAAUACCUGCGCAGCAGCUCAGAUGGACAAGCCACAUGAGAAGCCUUCCGGGAAUUGAUAAGCAACGUUGUCAUGAACAUGAAUUUUUCCAGAAACCUCCAAGAUUCUGGGGUCUCCAUCUUUUUCUAUGAGUUCCAGCAUCGACCCAGUUCUUUUGAGAAGAUCAAGCCGGCCUGGGUGCGGGCUGAUCAUGGGGCUGAGAAGACCUUCACCUUCGGGGUUCCUUUCCUCAUGGAUGAGAGCUCCAUGCUGGCCUUUCCAGAAGCCACAGAAGAGUAGCAGCAGCUGAGCCUCACCACGAUGGCCCAGUGGACCCCCUUCUCCUGGACAGGGGAUCCCAACGGCAAGGGGCUACCUCCUUGGCCCCCAUUCAACUGUUCAGAGCAAUACCUGGCAAUCAGCCUGGUGCCACGGGUCAGCCAGAAGCUAAGGAAGGCCCGACAGCAGUUCUGGGCAGAGACACUGCCCACCAAGAUCUGGCAGUGGCAGCAGAAGCAGAAGGGCAGGAAGGCCCAGGAGGAGCUCUGAGGCAGCUCCCGGGUCUUCUGGGCUGGGGGCCAACCCUAGGGGUU